GCAGAUGUUGUCCAGAUCCACGAUGGCACAAAGGAGAAGAGCUUUCAGCCUUUACCGGGCACGGUUUCUCUUCUCCACGACGGCAAGGUGACCUCCGAGGAACUCGAGGCUCGACUCAAAGAGUUGGAGACACUGGCAACUCUUUUCGAUGCCGCCGGCAAGCACGGCCGGACAGUUUCAAUGUUGGAGCAGAACCUCUGGGCCGCCUGUGGCAUGGGCACCGGCGUGAAUCUCUCUUUUCUGGCCCACCAGAGCAAGUGGCCGCGGUUGGGUACUUUGUCUUUGGAGGGGAAGUGCCUGACGCUGAAGACGACCUCUGCAGAGGGUAUGGAUGGAACUUUGGGCGGCGAGUCUAAGGUUCGCUUCGAUCACGAAGCUUUGAUCCACGAUGCCACCCGAGUGGAGCCCUAUGCAGCAGCAAUCCGGGCUGCGGCAAAGGGUAAAACUGUGCUGGACAUAGGCACCGGCCCGGUUUGCUUCCUUGCGCGACUCUGCCUCCGUGCUGGCGCGCGGGCU